AUGGCUGCCCGAGACCCCCUGCCUGCUGCAGCAUUGCACGAAACCAUACCAGCCGCCCCUAUGGAUAAAGAACCGACUCCAGACAACGAAGACGGGACUUGGUUUCUCGUGGCCCGAAAGCGUCUCGGAGAGUGGCCGCAGCACUCUAUAGCCAGAGCUAUAGGCACAGCGGCUCAAUUAAACGAGAGCACGCUCCACCAGCUAACCAUCCGCAUACGCCGAGAGCAGAACGUCGCAGUGGUCAGCACACCGGACGAAGAACUAGCGGCAAGACUACAGCUGAUCAAGUCUAUAUGCCUGGAAAACAAGCAGUACGAGGUUCAGGCCUAUGUGGCUGCUCCGGAUGCUUCCUGCAAAGGAGUCAUCUCCGGCAUAGAGAAGAACACAACGCCGACAACGCUGAUGACAAAUAUCCGAUCACCGAUGGCUCAGGUCCUGCAUGCAAGAAUGAUGGGAAAUUCAGCCAGGGCCAUCAUCACGUUCUCUGGCAUUCGGGUUCCCCGGUACAUCUACUAUUACGGAGCAGAAUACCGGUGCUACAUUCAUAAACCCCGACAGCAGCUGUGCAGCGUGUGCCUCUCCACGGGUCAUCGAGCGGAUGUUUGCCCAACCCCGGAUAAACCCCGGUGUGCUGCGUGCGGAACUUCCAACCCCUCCGAAGGACAUGAUUGCACGCUGAAAUGUUUUCAAUGUGGUGGUGAGCACCCCGCCACUGACUCUCGAUGUCCUGUAAGGCAACGCAAACCCUUUAACAAGAGGCACGUGUUCCGAGAGCAGCAGAAAACGGUGGAGCAACCACUCCAGCACGACAAGCAGUCCAGAAAGGUAACGACAUUCAACGGUGCGGCACCUGCGACUACUGAUGCAACACGUGGUCGUCCUCGCUACCGAUCCCGGGGACACAGCCAGUCCCAAAGUCGCAGUAGGUCCAGGGUCCGCAGGCCGUCUAAGGACCAGAAGCACCCACGUGGUCGAAGCCGAUCUGGGAGCCGCAGCCUGACGCAGCAGACACAGCCACCGAAGGAACCUCAGGCCGCGUGGACGAAAACGCCCGACCAUCACACCAGGAAGGCAACAGCGAGUAGCAUGCGCGAGGGCUUUGACUUUCAUCUGAGCCAGACGGCGUUGUGUGCAUCGUACAUCACAUUUAACCCAUAUGAGCACUGCAUAGCGCCGUCGCCUUCCCUGUUCUUGGUCUCGAGUACACUGAUGGCAGCGUUCACGAGUCAGUCCUUCGCGUCGAUAUUGAACGUCACCAUGUAG